CGCCGCACCCCCCACAAUUGCGGCAGAGUCUGGCAAUUGACGCGAACCGAUCCGAAAAUCUCCAACGACAGCACGCCCCCCCGACACCUACCGCCACCCCUCGACCGACCGACCGAACGACUUCACCCCGAAUCGAUCGAGAGUACACAACAUGGCAGGCGACGCCCCCGUUCAAUCCGUCCAGUGCUUCGGCAAGAAGAAGACUGCUACUGCGGUCGCCCACUGCAAGGCCGGCAAGGGCCUUGUCAAGGUUCUCCGCUUCAAGAACUUUGCGAAUGUCGACAUCCGCGUUCGCGUGACUGGAGGAGUACACACUUCGCAGGUCUACGCUAUCCGUCAGGCUAUCGCCAGAGCAUCGUCGCGUACUACCAGAAGUUUCGUCGAUGAGCACUCCAAGAACCACAUCAAGCAGCUGCUCGUCCAGUACGACCGCACCCUGCUUGUUGCCGACAACCGCCGUUGCGAACCCAAGAAGUUCGGUGGUCCCGGUGCCCGUGCCAGGUACCAGAAGUCUUACCGUUAAUCUUGUUUUUUUGCUGGGGUUGGCGUCGGGGUGGCUUUGGUACUGGAUGGACACUUUCAUGUGGGGAUUACGAGUAUUCCGCAAUGAUAAUCCAAACAACUCCGUGUGCAAAAAUAAGAUGGUGUCUUUUUCUACAUUUCUGGGUCUGGAUUUGGGCGUUAGAUGCGAAAUCACACUGCAAUAACUCAAAUAUUACGGUAGUGAAACAUU